AUGUUCUCCUCCAGCAGCCGCGUCUUGCAAGACAAGACGAACAGGAGUUUCUCCUCCAAGAGGGAUGGCCACCACAAGUCGGGCAAGUCCACAUCGUCAUUCAGCAAGGACAGCGGAGUUACCAAAAAGCGUCAUGAGCCGUCUCGUCAUCACAGGCGGACAGGCACGAGCACGUCGACUAGCAUUUCCAUGGCUGAUGCUCCGACCAGCCCGUCCUCUGCCUCCUCCGUCGUCACCCUCGUUGUCGGAUCCGAGCAGCGCCUAUUCGCAGCCCACGAGGACGUCCUCCGCGCGAGCCCGUUCUUCGCCAACGCCCUGGGGACAGGCUACAUGGACCCGGCGACCCGUCGCAUCUCCCUGCCCGACGAGGAACCCGAGAUCUUCAGCUCCGUCCUCGAGUUCCUCUACAAAGGGGAUUACUUCCCCAGGCUAGUACAUAACAAGCGCAGAAACUCGUACGAGCUCGAGGGCCUGUCCAACGGCGGCACCGUACCCAACGCCGCCACGGCCGAGAACAUAGUCUACCACAGGGGCGUGGACGGCGACAUCCUCAAGGAUACGGUCAUCUACUGCACUGCUGAGCGAUACGGGCUCGAGGAGCUUAAGAGGAUUUCUCUCCGGAAGCAGGGACUUCAAUCCGGCAUACAGUGCAGCACCAUUCUCGCUUCAGCCCGAUACGCGUACGCCAAUACCCCCGAUAGCGACUCUAAGCUGCGCGCGCACUACCUUGCCCUCAUCAUCCGCUCCCGAUCAACCUUCAAGCGCAGUGGGACCAUGCAGCUCGAGAUGUUCAACGGGGGCACACAGCUCUUCUUUGACCUGUUUGUCGCUCUCAGCAACCAUGUCGACGACGUCUCUUCUGCCUCGUGA